AUGCGGGGAGCGUUUGUCCUGGGUCUGUCCCUGCUCUGUCUGCUAGCGUGGGCAGGACACGCCGACAAACAGGCCCACCUCAUACGGUUGCCCUUGCGCGGACGCACCAGACUCAAUACUGGGCGCCUGCAGCUCAGCGCAGCGGGCAGAGACCGCACCGUCGGCGUGGGAGGAACCCGCCCAGGACCCGGCUCCCCCUCCGUGCCAUCCGGGCUCAGCGCCAGGCGCGGGGAGGACAUGCAGGCAGACCAGGUCUCUGUUCCUCAGGCCAGGACUGGGUCUGGACAGGGCAGGAGAGGCGGAGCACUGGCAGCAGGGAGGAGGGUAGCUGGGCAGAUGGCUCCCCUCCAGUCUGGCAUGUUUCAGGAUGAAGCCACUCCCGGGGCGAGGGCCAGACAGACUCGCAUGCCAAGCAGCGCAGGCUCACCUAACCUCCUGGCGAGCUUUGCGGGGAAAAACCGUGUCCUGGUGAUUUCUGCCCCGCACGACUCAGAUGGUUACUACCGGCUGAUGAUGACACUGCUGAAGCCAGACGUGUACUGUGAACUGGCAGAGCGGCACGUGCAGCAGAUCGUGAUAUUCCACCAGGAGGGGGAGAUGGGUGGGAAGGUGAGGCGGAUCACCAGCGAGGGGAAGGUGAUGGAGGAACCUUUGGACACAAUGCUUAUACCCCGCCUCAUGACCUUCCUCAAACUGGAGAAAGGUAGGCUUGGCCCAUCUGGAAACAUUCCUUAGCCCUACUCCUUCAGUGUUAGCAGAUCUGAGAGAAUCCCUGUGGGGGGCUAGAUUGAACCAUCACCAUGUUGGUUGCACCUGUCCUAGCCCAUUCAGAUCUGUCAACACCUGCUUGGUGUUAGGAAUGGGGGUUAUGGGGGUGCAUGGUGUGAUGUUGGCUAUUUGCAUGUUUGCUGCAUGUUUUAUGCUGACAAAGCAGUGAAAAUGAAUUUGUGAGGGCAAUAACAUCAAUCUGAGUCUUUACAGGUAAGUUUGGGAUGCUUACAGCAUGCUUGGUGAGUUUGUCUCCUUUCUGCAUGUUGCUUGUGGCCAAAGCCACAUUAGCUAGUCUACUUUACUCAGUAAAUUAAAUCUGUCACCCUGUCCUGUCCAGGUAAGUUCGGGAUGGUGCUCCUGAGGAAAACCCUGCAAGUGGAGGAGAGGUACCCCUAUCCAGUCAGGCUGGAGGCCAUGUACGAGGUCAUCGACCAGGCACCAAUGAGGAAGCUGGAGAAGAUCCGACAGAAGGGAUUCGUCCAGAAGUGUAAAGGGGCGGGAGUAGAGGGCCAGGUGGAUGAGGGGGGCGGAGACUCAGGGAUGGAAGUUGAAACAGGUGGACAGGUAGACCCGCCCCCAGAGAGGAAGCCGCAGGCGAGGAAGCCAAUGAGGAGACCCACGACAACCACCACCAUUGCCACGAGGUCGACGACAACGAGGCCAACGACAACUACCACAACGACAACUUCGAUAACAACAAGACCCACAACGACCACGACAAAAGCCACCACGGCAACAACGAAAGCGACAACCACACCAAAGCCCACAAUGACCACGACUAGACGGACUACAACAACCACAACUAAACGUCCUAUGAUCACACGACAGACCACCACCACUACCACCAGAACCCAGAGACCCACAAAAGCCCACACCACCCCUCACUGGCUGCCUGCCACUAGGACCACGCCUGAGGCCUAUAACCGCAGAGACAAGGAGAGAGACAGGGUGAGGUACCCACCCAAGACCACCACGUCUGGGGACAACCGAACAGACAAGGAGGGGAAGGAUUACAAUGGCCGUAAGCAGGCCGGAGUGAUACCCACCCAGCACAAACCCACCAAGGGCAAACCUACCAAGAGGAAGAAUGGGAAGGUAUGCAGUUGACUUAUUACAUUUCACUUAUUACAUUGAUGUUUAGACAUAAUGUUGCUGUAUGUUGUUCUCUGUUGAAUCUGUUGCAUCAGGCUUGAUUUUGGUGUUCAAUAAAGUCCUCUCCUCUCCUAUUCUCUCCUUUUCUCUUUCCUCCCCUCCCCUCCUCUCUUCUCUUCUCUUCUCUUCUCUUCUCUUCUCUUCUCUUCUCUUCUCUUCUCUUCUCUUCUCUUCUCUUCUCUUCUCUUCUCUUCUCUUCUCUUCUCUUCUCUUCUCUUCUCUUCUCCUCUCCUCUUCUCUUCUCUUCUCUUCUCUUCUCUCCUCUCUCCAGGUGUUGAAUAAUGAGUAUGAGGAGAAUUAUGAAUCAAGCCGGCCCACCGCCAGCAACCCAGAGACACAGACAGAGGUCAACACAGAGGUCAGCCCAGCCAAGAGGGGCAAGGGAAAACACGACAACACUGAGAAGAAAAAGAAAAAGAACGGCAAACCGGAAAAGGCCACCAAGAGGGACAAGGCAGAGAGGAGAGGAGCGAAGGUGGGGAAGGAGGGAAAAAACAACGGGAAGAAGAACGGAAAGAAGGUGUCGAAGAAUCAAAAGAAAGAGGAGUACCACAAACCCACCAAGAAGCCUCCACCUCCUAAGGGUUCCCUGGCUUCCUUUCUGGACUACUUUGAGAACAGGAGACGACUUGUGGUAAGUACCAGUGUUUUGCAGCCUGUCUAGAUUCUUAUCAUAGCAGUGUUACCGAGGCCGGGGGGUGUUAUACAGACCUCAUCCUCUCCCUCCCCGCUGUCUAAUGUAAACACAAUCUCCACAGCAGUGUGUGUGAGUGUGUGUGUGUAACCCAGUCUAACCCAGUCUCUCUCUGUGUGUGUGUCUCCAGAUCAUAACGGCCCCCAGUGAGGAGAGCACUAUGUAUGUGCAGCAGAGGGAUGAGUACCUGGAGACGGUGUGUGAGAUGGCCAUCAGGAAAGUCUCCAUCAUCACCAUCUUUGGCUCUCUCACCAACUCCACAAUGAAGAUAGACCACUACCAGCUGGGUAUGUACAUAUCUCUACUAACACACUAUUACAGGAAAAGGUUAAGUGACUUUGGGUCCUUGAAAAGCUCUAUAUAAAUAUAAUGUAUUAUUAUUAUUAUUAUUAUUAUUACUACACGUAGCCUGUACAGGACAGAACAGGGUUAACACUACCAGCAGGGUAUAUACACUGUCACAGGAUUUCCCAAAGGAUGGGUUGGGAACGGGCUCCACUGGGUCAGUCAAGGCCACAUAGAUUUCUCAUGUACAUACAAGUCCUCGCACAAAUGAGUUAGGGCUCGAUUCAGUCCAUAUCAGCUAUAGCACACUUGAAAUUAAAAGGUAAUUUCUGAUUCAGCCUACAUAUGGAUCGUUUACCGUAAAUGCAGUGUCCGAGAAGGCGGGAACAUUGCCUUUAGAUUUCAAUCGCGCUAUAGCACUGAACUUCAGCGAUACGGAUUGAACAGAGCCCUUAAGGUACAGUAGGUGUCCUGUAUUGCUGUUACUGUCCUGUCCUGAUUUUACCCCUGCUGUCCUAAACUCCUCUGAUAGAACAGAAGGCUAGCAGGUGUCUGGAGUGAGUCUGCAGCAAACAAUAAGAGAGGCUCAAACAAUAACACUGUGAACACUGUGAAUAUGAUGACACUACCAUUGCCAAAGACACACAUUGGUGAGACACAAUGUGGUGACAGUGCCAAAGCCAGACAUGAAAGUUAAUGGUGCACAAAGGCUUUCACUAUAACACACAGAUUACCGUGAGGAUGGUGACAUUCAGUAGUGACAAUUCAACGGCUCAGACACGAGACGUAUGUGGCAGGGUCUACAGACAAUCACGGACUACAAAAAGAAAACCAGCCACGUCGCCGACACCGACGUCUCGCUUCCAAACAAGCUAAACACCUUCUUCGCCCGCUUUGAGGAUAACACAGUGCCACUGACGAGGCCCACUACCAAGGGCAGUGGCCUCUCCUUCUCCAUGGCCGAUGUGAUUAAGACAUUUAAGCAUGUUAACCCCCGCAAGGUUGCCGGCCCAGACGGCAUCCCUAGCCGCGUCCUCAGAGCAUGCGCAGACCAGCUGGCUGGUGUGUUUAUGGACAUAUUCAAUCUCUCCCUUUCCCAGUCUGCUGUUCCCACAUGCUUCAAGAUGGCCACCAUUGUUCCUAUACCCAAGAAAGCAAAGGUAACUGAACUAAAUGACUAUCGCCCUGUAGCACUCACCUCUGUCAUCAUGAAGUGCUUUGAGAGACUAGUUGAGGACCAUAUCACCUCUACCUUACCUGUCACCCUAGACCCACUUCAAUUUGCUUACCGCCCCAAUAGAUCCACAGACUAUGCAAUCACCAUCACACUGCACACUGCCCUAUCCCAUCUGGACAAGUAAGAAUGCUGUUCAUUGACUAUAGCUCAGUAUUCAACACCAUAGUACCCUCCAAGCUCAUCAUUAAGCUCGAGGCCCUGGGUCUGAACCUCGCCCUGUGCAACUGGCUCCUGGACUUCCUGGUGAGUACAGCCCCCUCCUGUACUCCCUGUUAACCCAUGACUGCGUGGCCAAGCACGCCUCCAACUCAAUCAUCAAGUUUGCAGACAACACAACAGUAGUAGGCUUGAUUACCAACAAUGACGAGACCGCCUACAGGGAGGAGGUGAGGGCUCUGGGAGUGUGGUGCCAGGAAAAUAACCUCUCACUCAAUAUCAACAAAACAAAGGAGAUGAUCGUGGACUUCAGGAAACAGCAGAGGGUGCACCCCCCUAUCCACAUCGACAGGACCGCAGUGGAGAAGGUGGAAAGCUUCAAGUUCCUUGGCGUACACAUCACCGACAAACUGAAAUGGUCCACCCACGCAGACAGUGUGGUGAAGAGGGCGCAACAGAGCCUCUUCAACCUCAGGAGGCUGAAAAAAUUCGGCUUGGCACAUAAAACCCUCACAAACUUUUACAGAUGCACAAUUGAGAGCAUCCUGUCGGGCUGUAUCACCACCUGGUACGGCAACUGCACCGCCCACAACCACAGGACUCUCCAGAGGGUGGUGCAGUCUGCACAACGCAUUACCGGGGGCAAACUACCCGCCCUCCAAGACACAUACAGCACCCGAUGUCACAGGAAGGCCAAAAAGAUCAUCAAGGACAUCAACCACCCGAGCCACUGCCUGUUCACCCCGCUAUCAUCCAGAAUGCGAGGUCAGUACAGGUGCAUCAAAGCUGGGACCUAGAGAAUGAAAAACAGCUUCUAUCUCAAGGCCAUCAGACUGUUAAAUAGCCAUCACUAGCACAUUAGAGGCUGCUGCUGCCUAUUGAAAUUACUGGCCACUUUAAGAAAUGGAACACUAGUCACUUUAAUAAUGUUUACAUAUCUUGCACUACAUUUUAGUCAUUUAGUCACUACUCAUAUGUGUAUAAUGCAUUCUAUUCUAUAAUAUUCUACUGUAUCUUAGUCCAUGCCGCUCUGUCAUUGCUUGUCCAUAUAUGUAUAUAUUCUUAAAUCCCAUUCCUUACUAGUUUUGUGUGCAUUGGGUAUAUGUUGUGAAAUUGUUAGAUAUUACUUGUUAGAUAUUACUGCACUGUCGGAGCUAGAAGCACAAGCAUUUCGCUACACCCGCUAUAACAUCUGCUAAACACGUGUAUAUGACAAAUACAAUUUGAAUUUAUUUGAUUUAACACUGCCAAUAAAUAUGGGGAGUUGGGGACACAGUGCCAAAGACCGAGAAGGCAGGUCCUCACAGAUGAAGGUUAGCAAGGUUUACAAAACAUAAAAGCUAACUUACUGCCCUUCUCUAGAGCUCAGCUGGUGUUUUGUCUGAACGGGGUUGUGUUCAAAAAACGGAAAACGUGAAGGAGGUGCUUAAACUGCUUUGCCACGAGUGCUUUGCGCAUGUGCCCACACGGAUCGGAAGAGGGGCUUUGUGUUCGUGAGAGUCUUUCCAUAGAGGGGUCAUAUUCAUUUAUAGGCCAAACCGUUCGGACGCUACAGACGUUUUCAUGAGAAGACCGAUUUUCGAGAUGUCUCCUGGUCUGAGAAACACCGCUGUAGGUUUGCCACCUUCCACCGCCGAUGCGGAAGGCCGACACCGGGGGAUGCGGAAGGCCGACACCGGGGGAUGCGGUGGAUUAAGACGCAGCCCAUGCAUAUCUCUAACGUAAACAUACAGAUUUUGAUGUGGAUUUAUUUAUGUAUUAUGCCUCGAGCGAAGCGUGGGGGGGCCUCAAGCAGAGAAAUAAUUGUAAUAUUUUAUAUAUUUUUUUACGCCCAGCUCAUGAGGCCCCUUGAUAAUGUGAGGCCUGAGGCAAUUGCCUCUUCUGCCUGAUGGUUAGUCCGCCAGUGUGUGUGUGUAUGGUGGGGGGUGAUCCCGGCUGAAUAUCUUCCUAGUUUAUCAUCGUAGAAAUGGCGAAAGUCUGCUUCCUCUGUAGCUAAUGUGUAAACUGGAGAGAGUUAGGUCACCUCUCUCUCUCACACACACACACACACAAACACACAGCUCACCACACACUCAUGUGUCUUGGGUUAGCUCACAUGGCUUAUCUUCAAGAGGAAUUAGAGACUCCCUUUUGUUGAUUUUCUUCGAAGCUACUUAUUCAGAUGGCUCAAGAUUACAAAUGCGUGUUAUGAGAUUUGUGUUGUAAAUUGGGCUUGGCGAGCGACAAUAUUUGUAGAGUUUUAUGGAGAUUUGAAUCCUAACCUCCAGCCUGUAGUUAGGAUGUGCUAAUGUCAGCCCUACUGUAUAAAACUUUAUUAGUCGCUCUGAUUCUACACAAUGACAGGGUUCCACAGACAGAAUGCCAGAAAGAGUUUUGAGGUGAUGUCACACCCCACCCACGUUACGAACCAGACGGUAGUUAGUCUUAUGUUCCGAGCAUCGCUCCAAGGGUUAAUGUGUGUGUGUGUUCGUGUGUGCGUGUGUGUGCUUGCGUGUAUAAAUGGUCCUUUCACAGCUGUAUGCUGGAAAAAGGUUCCCGUGUUGGAUGACAUCAUCCUUACCUUUGAGUGUAAUGCAGACUUUGAAGCAUUGGUCAGUUUGUGUGUGUGUGUUUGUGUACAGGGUGCUGUGAUUAAGGGCUAUAACUGUGGGCUGUGUAAGUGGUAGCUACAGCCCCAGCUAGCACAUAAUGUUCUAAGAACCAUAUGUUUCUUAGAGUGUGGUUAUCCUAUAGUUAUUUUGCAUACAACCUUGCCACAAUGUUCUGGGAAUGGUGCAGGAUACUCAGCUAGCACAUAACGUUUCUUAGGUGGGAAUUUCAGUACUUCAGCAUAAGGUUUCCUACAAGUUUCAUCAUGGUUCUAUUUAAAGUAAUGUUCUCAAAUUGUUUAAAGAAUGUUAGGAAACAACAUUCUUCUGUGUGAAUUUCAGUACUUCAGCAUAACUUUUUUAUGCAGGUUUCCUCAUGGUUCUAUUUAAAGUCAUGUUCUCAGAACAUUAAGAAAACUUUCCAUAAAAACCACAAGAAAACAUUAGUAACAUUCAAAGAACAUUCUAAGAAUGUUAUUUAAAAACAUAUACCUGUACAUUCCGUUCUAAGUGUCAACAAAACUCUCUCUAUAAUAAUAUGCCAUUUAGCAGACGCUUUUAUCCAAAGCGACUUACAGUCAUGCGUGCAUACAUUUUUACGUAUGGGUGGUCCCAGGGAUUGAACCCACUACCCUGGCAUUACAAGCACCAUGCUCUACCAAUUGAGCUACAGAGGACCAACACAUGGCCUUCUCCCCCAUUGAAGCUUGUGCUUCGUUUUCGUGAAGUUCUCAGCUAACCAGUCUAUAAAGUAAAUAAUAAAUAGUAACGAAUAAAGAAUAAAUAUUUUAUUUGCCAUUUUAUUCAAAUAAAGUACGAUAAAAAAUAAAAAUAAACUAGAAAAAUACAUUGGUUAUUUUAUUACAUUGGAGUAGAUUCAGACUACCUCGCUGUGUGUGUGAUUGCAUGUGUCUCUGUCUGUCUCAUCUCUUGAGGUCCUGCUUUAUAGUUCUCUAUCCUCGAUGUAUCUUGUUAAGUGUGUCCAGGUUUGUUGGCCGUGCCCACUAAUUGUCCACAGCUGAUCUUAAUGAGUGCUUCUUUCCUUUGAAAUUGGAUCCGUUUGAAUAGACAAAAAUUAACAGCUUUGUAUGAGUUAAAGAAACACGGCAUGCUAGCUCCAUCCUGGUGGCGCAGUGGACUAUUUCCAUAGACAGAGAACAGAAGAUCAUAGGUUUGAAUCUCACUGAUGCUUUGCCUCAAUAAAAUAGAAAUGUGUUUGCCUGAUUAAUGCAUUUCCAUGUGUCCUAUCUGUGCUUGGAGUUCAAAACAGUUAACCUAAGCUAGGAGUGUUAUUAAAAGUCUUAUUGAAACAUGUUCUCAGAACAUCAUUUGAAUUACCUUCAAAUAACCUAUAAUUUUCGUCCUCAGAACGGUAAGAAAACUUCCCAAGAAAACGUUCAGGGAACCAUAGUGAAAUGUUCUCAGAACCUCCCUGCAUCCUAAAAAGUCAGGAAACUUAUGGCUUCAUUCCCAGUACCAAUGGGAAAACAAAAACGUACGUUCCCACAACUUCCAAGGAACCAAAUGUGCUAGCUUGGGUAGCUCCUCUUAGCCAUGUGAUCAAGCCAUCUCCCUGCCUGAGUAUAUUCCUGUUCAGGAUAGAUAGAUGGAUCACCGCUUUGCCUUAGAAACCAUGGAGCUAGAUACAGUAUAUGUAAUCCAUAGGAAGACACCAUUUGUUUUCUGUAGAAAGGGGGAUAGAUGUAGAUUGAAAACAUCUUCAAAUAUAAUGCUGUAUGCUUUCAAAGGGUUACCAGUUCUGUUUAUAUUAUAAAGCAGUAACAUACUGUAUUUCAGACAUUUGGAGUCCCUAUCAUCUCUAUAAAAUCAGGAAACAUUCGUUUUAAAAAACCUCCUUGGUGUGGAGACUGAUGGGUUUCCAGUCAAAACAUACAGUAAGUCAACAAAUGGCCUCCGUCAUUCCCUCAUGUUGAAGAGAGCUGUGGUCUUUUGGGUGGGAUUCCAGUCAAAACAAAAGAAAACAGAGAGAGAUCUGGAAUGUAGUCAGAGAUGCAAACAGGACUGCCUCAACAAACAUUCAGGAAUGAGGAGAAAAAUAUGGUAGAUUUUUCUUUUUUUUUUAGAAGGAAUAACCAUGUUGAAAGGGAGCAAGACAUUCUGAAGAUUUGAAGGAAAUAAAAAUAAAACAAACAAUCUAGAUUGGCUUCUUCCGCCUCACUCCGUUUGAGACAGAAUAUUGCCAAUGUUUUGUAAUAGAGAGGGCCUCAGUGUGUGUGUGUGCGUAAGCCUAGAGUAAACACACCAUUGCCCUCCUUUUGGGUGUUAGAUCUCUGCCUGGAGGUUAUUUUACCUCAGAGAUGCUCAUCCAAAAUCAACCCCUAGUCCCUUCCCCUAGUAGUCCCCUCCUUACCUUACCUCUAUGUUUGCAGAGCUGAAAAGACAGGGAUAGGUGUAACCAAUAAUAGCUAAUAAGGCCAUGACUCCACCUUUCCAAAUAUUAUGAGGGAAACACACCUUCUGGUCAGUCAUGUGUCAACCCAUCCAGCCUCUGGUAGGAAGUGGGAUGUCCAAUCCCUGUUUCCCCAUGGCUCUGGUUGUACUAUGUGGUUGUUUCAGCUUCCUUAUCUGAAAAUCCACUCAUUAUUGUAAGUUGCUCUGGAUAAGAGUCUGUUAAAUUGUACUAAACUAAACUAAAUUGUAAAUGGUUGUCUCUUUCUCAAUUCUCUCUCUCUAUUCCUUCACCCCUCUCUCUUCCUUCCCACCUCUCUCUUUCCCCUUCCUCCCCUCUCUUUCUCUCCACCUCCCAGAGAACGACAAGCCUAUGACGGGUCUUCGUCAGGAGGACCUGGUGAACCAGGAUCUGAUCACAGAGCUAAGGAAGGAGUUCUAUAUGACAUUUAACGACUUCUACAUGGUUCUCACUGACACUGACAUGAGAGCCAAGGUGGGUUUCGUCUCUCUCUCUCUCUCUCUCCCUUUUUCUCUGUCUCUCUGAAAUUCUCACUAGGUGUGUAUUAUUUAGCUAAUCUGGCACACCAGAGUCCGCACUUUUUGGACUAUUCCAUUUAGAACUAAAGUCUACUACUUGACCCAACCAUCUUGCCAAGUGAGCUAAAUGGAGCACAUACACCUAACCUCUCUGUUUGGCCCAUUAGACCCAGACUCAUGAUGGCUGACCUGCCUUCACCAUACUGUAAACAUCCUCCCGUCAUUAAACACUGGUUUAAUUCACACAACAUGACGUCCACCCAACAGCUGUGUUUGUGUGUGUGUGUAUCUGUGUGUGUGUGUGUGUGUGUAAAUCACCAGGCUGUUUUCAGACGGAUUAAACAAAGACGCCAGUGUGCAAGCAACCUUCUAAUGCUUUCAGUACAGACAGGAAAUUCUAUUAACAUUACAGGGCACAUGGUGUGGGUAAGAGAGAGAGAGAAUGUGAAAAACAUUGAGGGAGACUGUAGCCAUGGCAGCAGACCCUCACCUGAUCCAUUAGAAAGUUUAUGUGCAUGUGUUUAUGCCUGCGUGUGUGCGUGCCUGUGCUUUUGUGAGUGUGUAUUUUCAUAAACUGUGCCCUAUAAAAUAAUAUUUUCAUGCUGGGAUCACUGCGAUUCCUAAAAAAUAUGCUGCAUUGGGAAAUAUCACAUUCUAAACCGAGCAAAUUCUAACACCCACAGUGUUAAAUGUAACACAUUCUUACUUUUUAGUCAUUUAGCAGACGCUCUUAUCCAGAGCGACUUACAGUUAGUGCAUACAUUUUUUCAUACUGGCCCCCCGUGGGAAUCGAACCCACAACCCUGGCGUUGCAAGCACCAUGCAGUGGGUCACAUAUACACGUGUGUAUAUGUGUCCCACUGAAUUAGUGUUAAACUAACACUUUUCAAAGUGUUGAUAAACUAACACCCCAAGAGUGUUGGGUCUCCUAACACUGUGGGUGUUGCAAAUUCCGACUUAAAUUAACACUUUAUUAAGGCUGAUGCUGUUACACUUCCUCAGUGUUAGGGAAUUAACACUUGUGGUGUUACAGUAACUCGUUUUUGGGUGCAUAUUUAUUUGAUGCAACUCAAGUUAAUUUUAGAGGUACCUGUACCACCCAUGACUGUGUUUGUUAGUGACAGAGACAUGAUUGUUGCAUUCGAUGGCUUUAGUCCCGUAGCGUUCUGUGAGUGCCUAAAUGAAUAUUUUAUUAUCAAAAUAUAAUUAUUUAUCACAAUAAAUUACUUUUUUUGACAAUACCAUACUUCAACAGCCUAGUUUUACCCUAACACAGUUGUCUGAAACUCCUGGUUUGCUGGCCACAUCAACAAGUCAUAUUAUGCUGGCUUCCAAAGUGUUACAUAAUUUCUAUUCAAAUCCAGCCAUAGGAUAUUGAAGAAUUUUAACUUUUAAUCACCUGCAAUCUGCAGUUAGAAUGACUGCCAUGUUAGGAAAGGUUGAUAAAUGAGACUACCUAAACCAUCUCAAUAACGGGUUAAAUAAAUCCAACCACUUACAGAUUGGAUUAGUAUAGAAACAUUUGUGUAGUAUAAGAUCAAUUAAUCAAUCAUUGUGCAUGCAGAAACAUAGAUAUUAAAACUAUUCCAAAAAGCAACCAGCAACAAAGCAUGCUGGGAAAUAUGAUAAUGUAGCCCCUCCCAUGUCUUUUUCACUCUGAGUUCACGGAAAUUAACUCAACAGUCGAGUACCACCAUCACCUGGUUAACACUUCAUUUAUUCACCGCAGGUGGUGUCAAUUUCAAUCCCACUGGUGUUAACCCUACUAGAAUUAGAUAUAACACUCACAACACUUGAGUCUGAGUCUCUUCGAACACAUGGCUCAGUGUCUUAUUUCAUUUGCAUACCGAUUUUUCAGGAAUACAGGAUUUUCUAGGAAUACUGGGAUGGGUAUCACAAAGGAAUAGCAUUGUAACGUUUUUCUCCUGACCACUUGAAGAAUUGAAUAGUUGUUGUACACUCAAAUACUCCAAUGCUUAUCUUUUUGGUUCACUGUCUUUUUUCUGUCUUGAUGAUGUGUGUUUCUCCCUCUAACAGCAAUCCUACGAGGUCCCCAUCGCCAUGAAGGCUGUGUUUGAUUACAUCGACACCUUCUCAACUCGCAUCAGAGAGAUGGAACAGCAGAAGAGAGACGGAGUGGUCUGCAAGAAGGAGGACAAACCCAGAUCACUGGAGAACUUCCUCUCGAGGUAGUGUGUGUGCGUGGCUCUUGCUGAUGGCUGUGGCAGUGGCUGGAAUUUUAAACAGUCAUUGGCUCCAUAGCCAGUGGGAAUAUUGUCUCAAACCAGGCAGGGGUCUGGUUGAGGAGGCUGUGGUCAGAAUUUAUAGUCAACAUGAAUAUUCACACUAUAUCACCUGGACCACAAAUUCAACUGUUCUUUAUGAGCUAAACUUGGCUCUGAUGGUGGACAGUGUGCGCGAGCUUGUACUUCUAGAACUCUACGCUAACACCAUUGUCUUGGAUUGAUUGACUAUGGUCCUAUAUUUCUGUCUUCAACAGAUUGACUGUGGUUUGUUGCCAUAGAGACUCAAUUCCAGUCUGAUGACAGUGAGCAAAGGGUCUGGAUUUUGGACAGAAAGUGUAUUAAUCUUCCUACAUCUUUCAUCCUACUUCCGUCUUUGGGUUCUCAGGUUCCGUUGGAGGCGUCGCCUGUUUGUAAUCUCCGCCCCCAACGAUGAGGAAUGGGCCUAUCAGCAGCAGCUCUACGCCCUGACCAGCCAAGCCUGCAACCUGGGUGAGUAUAAGACGGAAUUGUUAAGUUAUUAUCAUAUUCCUUAA